CUUUACGAGCAACUGCCAUCGCUGGCCGACGAAAGUCGAGUAAAGCGCGAUGGAGCAGUACGGACGGCCGAGAAGGAAGCCUUCGCAGCAGUCAAAUGCUCCCCCUCAAGUGGCCUUCCUGUAUCCAGCAUCCAGCAAAGCAUCCCAGCCCAACCAACCACAAGGACUGUUUCCCACAAAGCCCAAACACAACAUAACCUCCCGCACCAACCACACGGCCGUGUCGUCCGACGUGAAACGUGCAUGUAGCCCCAACGUGGCGACAACAACUACCCCCUCCCCCCCAGGACUAUUUGUCACCCCCCGCGACACAUUUCCCAAGAACAUGGUGGCCGUGGUGCACAAAGUUCGCCCCAGCACGGCGUCCGCGGUCAAGUCGACCAGUUUGACCUUCCACAGUGCACCGUUAAAACCAAAUAUCACCGCUGAAUUCCCUCCAGAUAACGACAUAGCUCCCCCUCUCCGAGGCGAUGACGUGGCAGUCCCUACGCUCAAGCUUCGUCCAAGCACAGCCUCUGCGACCAAACGAACAUCACUUACCAAUAACAAUCCACGUAACCACGACACUUCGUCCCCGCAAUCACCCACAUCGACGCCACGGACGGAGCGACCGGAGAAUACCGAAUUGGACUUGACAAGUCGAGUGAGUGACGAUGGAGGCGUCGGCUACAUCCGUCGACUCAAGCAAGACAUUCAGACCAUCCAUUUCCUUCUGGCUUGUACAGACUCGGCAUCGCCACCGUCCUCCUUCUUAUCCACCACACCAAAUCACCUGUUGACUCGACGCGACAGUGUGCCGCUGCCAGCACACGUCCGAGCUGCCUUCGCACUGGCUACCCAACUGCAGGCCAACGACCAGCUAGAUCAUGUGAAAGCUACGCUAGAGCACUUGCUGUCUGAUAGCUUGACGCAGCUUAUCUCCAAAACACUCGUGGGCAGCCACGGCGCUACAACUGGAAACUCUAUCGAUGACAUAAGUGGGGGUGGCAACGACGCGGGAACAGUGUACUUGCACCACUUUUUGUCGCUUUCCCGACGAGCAGAGAUGAUCCAGAAGAAAUGUAUAACGGAGGCAGCAGAGAAGGAAUGCGUGCAGACGCAGUUGAUGGAAGUUCGUCGACAACUUGCGGACGCCCACAACGACAUUGUGCUGUUCAAGGAUACGCUAGACAAGGUGCGGGGCCCUGGACACGGCUGGUCCUUCCUUCGCUCUGAAAUGCACCGACUUGGAGGCUCGAUAGCUCAUGUUGAGGAUGCUAACCCAAUAGACACUUCAGCAUCCCCAGAUGACAAGACAGAACCUACUAAAUGUGCAGGCAUCCUCGAACAGAUGCAAGCAUUGGAGGAGAAGUAUACCACAUUGGAAACCCAGCACGCGGAAUUGCAGACUGCGCACACGAAGCUCACCAAGGAGCACGUUACUGCCAAAGAUGUCGAACUUAAUCUAUCAAACGAGUUGCAGGGGUCGCAAACGACCUGUGCAGCGCUGCGUCUAUCGUUUGAAAAGUCCGACGCUCAUUGCAAUGAACUCGUCACCACCGUUCAAUCUCUACAAGCCCAGCUGGACCUGGGACGAUCUCGAAUUCUAUCGUUGGAAUCCGACCUGGAAACCACCAACACUCAGCUGAAAAAAGCAUCGGCGGACGCAAAAACCCAAAUCCACCAGGCCCAAGUCUCGUACAUGUCGAAGCUCGACGUCGUCGGCGAAGCCGCGCGCCAGCUUCAGCUUCGUCUGCAGCACGAAUGGGAAGCCCGAUUGGCCGAAGUCGAACAAACCCAGCAAAUGCAACUGCACGUGAUGGAGACGUCGCACGGGCGGGCGCUGGCGGCGCAGGCAGACGCAUUCAGUGCCGACAAACAAGCCUGGGAUACAGAACGACUAGCGGCAACCCACGAGCACUCUGCCACAUUGGAUCAACUCUCCCGGGCAAACGAAGCCCUGGAGGCGGAGAAAACUCGCAGCCGCACUCUAGCCACUGACUGGUCUGUCCGGCUUGAAGAAAAGUCCAAGGCACUCGAAACGGUAGAGCGUCAAGUGCACGCGCUGGACGCGGCCAACCUGCAGCUCAAGCUGGCUGUGUCGGAAACGAAGAUCGCAUGGCGUCAUGAUAUGGAAACGACGUGGCUGCAGCAGAUUGCCACGUUGGAGCAUGCGUUGGCCCAGGCACGAGCCAAGCUGGACGCCGAGCGCGAAAAGUUCCACCUCGAGCUACAAGCCGAGCGCGACCGCGUCCACCACGUGGUGACGCAGGCAAAGUCCGUCGCCGAUGAGCUCGAGACGGCCAAUUUGUGUCUGGCCGAGAGGAAGCGCCAGCGCGAGGCGGAUCAAGAUGCAUUCGAAGCCCGCGAGAAGCGCGCGGCGGCGGCCAUAGCGCGACUCACGGAAGAGCUGCAGGAACUGCAGCAGCACAAAGCGCCAGCGUCGAAACGGAACUGGGACGCCGAGUGCCGGCAACUGCAUCAACACAACGACGAACUGGCGGCACAAGUACGAGGAUUGAAGGAGCAAGUGGAUGUUUUGAGUAAGAAAAAGGAGGAAGAUCUAAUGUCGUUAAAAGUCCAACACGACAAGAUGCUGCAGCUUGAGCUGGCGGUGCGGGUGUUGGAAGCCAGUAACGUCGACGCCGGCCAUCAACUGGCGGUUGCACGGGCGUCCGUCGCGGAGUUGGAACGGCAACUUGACGCAGCGAAAGACGAAUGCCAGCUUAUGGACAUGGCAGCCACUGAAAGCCGACUGCAGCAACAGGCGCGGCUGAACGACCGCCUCGGUAUGGAAAAGCGAGUGGUGCAAGAACAACUGUUGGAUUUGGACAUGGCGACCCAGAAUUUGAUGGAGGAAAAGCAACUGCUCCAACAAGUCGUGACGCGCUUGAACGACAGGUUGAAGUUGCAGCUGGAGUUGCUCACGAACGUUCCCAGCAACGAGUCAAGAAACAGUAUGACCAAACACGAGUGGGCAGAGGCACAAGCCCAAUGGCAACGGCUGCAAGGGCAGUGCGACGACGCUGACUGGCAGCUCCUUCACAUGAAAGAACGACUGGACGAGAUGGAGUCGUUGAUGAAGGGGGGGCCUUCUUCCUCCAAGCAUGCGGCGGCAGCUAAGAAGCGGCCUGCCAUGGCCCAUAGGAAGCAAUCCCCAUUUUCAGACGCCAUUGCAGCCGGCCAACGGACCGUGGCAGUGGCCGACAAGCUCCAUCAGCACCAGUCCCCGGAGAUCGAAAGCGAUUCGUAUGCUGCGGCUUUGGCUAAGGAAAUGAAAGCCAUGAAGGACACAUAUGAAGCCAAGUUGCAGGAUCUGCAUGCAGAAUUGAAGCGCGUGCAGAACAUGCGCUGCGAGCACACGGCACGCCUGCAACGAGACCUUGCCGACGACAAAGCCAAGUACACAUCCAUGCGUGGGACCCAAUCAUUUGUAGAUGAGCCAGCUAGAGGAAAAGUGUAAAGGGCUGGAGCAGGAGUUGGCCGCACACCUGACAGCCAUCCGUGACGAGCGCGACGAAGAAAUUGAUCUGAUUUGUCGGUCAAGGGUGGAGCGAGACGGGAAGGCCAAGGUCGCCGUGUUGGAAGCGCUCUUGGAGUGCCGUGCCAAAGCGUGCAGCGAUGAACUGCAGCGACGUUCCACAGCGCACAACUCGAUGCGAAAGCCAGCUCGAAGCAAGUCGUAAACACAAUAACAAACCAUCGCAUGCACGCUUCCA